AUGCCCAAAGAUCACAACAACUCGGACGGAAGUGGCACCAAGGGCAAGAAGCGCGCCGCCAGCGACGACGGACCCGAGGCCAAGAAGCCGCGUCCCGACGCCACCAAGCUGGUCAUGGAGCACAACGAGGAAGGUGACCCAUUCAUUGCCAUCGACAAGAUGCGUCGCGUGACCGUGCGUCAAUUCAAAGGCAAGGUUCUGGUCGACUUGCGGGAGUUCUACGCCGACAAGGCGUCGGGCGACGCCAAACCUGGAAAGAAAGGCAUCUCGCUUUCGGCCGAGCAGUGGGCUGCGUUGAAGGCGAACAUGGAUGUCGUGGAUCUGAUGCUUGCCGAGGUAGAGAAGUAG